AUUGCAGUCGCUUCAGGAGCCAACGAUGUGAGUUGAUUGAAGGUGUUGCGAGUGGAAAAAAUAUGUGCUUCCAAUCCAAGUAGAACCACAGAAUAUUUGAAAUAUUUCAAGUCGCAGACGAAUCAAGAAUUGUGGAGUGAUUUUAUGUUGUUUUUGUGACCAAAAAAUGUUGUGUUGACGCAAAGUUUCGUGCGCAAAUUACCGUAAAAUAAUCAAAAGUGUAAACAGCAGCCCGCGCAAGCGUAAGAGCGUUUCUGAGACGUGCAGAGAGGGAGGAAACAAAGUGAAGCAAACUUAACGACACAAGUAUUAAGGUUUAAUGUUGGUGGUGAACACCGUCUGGUAGAGUGUCCUGCCAGUCCUGCGUCCAACCGUGCUAGAAGUGGAUUUGAAUAAUUGUUGUCAGUACCACCGUAAGCCCAAAUGGUGAUACUUGAAGGUACCACAAUGUUGCAAGUCGGAAAUAAUCAAUAUCUUCAGCCGGAUUACCUUUCUCCGCUGCCAACCACGUUGGACGCGAAGAAAAGUCCCCUGGCGUUGCUGGCGCAAACUUGCAGCCAGAUCGGAGCAGAUCCGGGCAACAUCACCGUCAAGUCGCUGGUUUCACCGUCGGAUAAGAACAAGAAAUCGGCCUCCUCGAACAGCAACAACAGCACCUCAUCUUCUGGCAGCAACUCGUCGGCCUCGUCAUCGGUCGAUCCGACGUCGCACUCCUCGUCCGCGUCCCGCUCGCCGUCGUCGGUGAAGACGGACAAAUCGGACGCGUCGCCGGAGAUCAAGCUCGGGUUCAAGCCCUACGAGAUGAACGUGCUGACAACGAAAGUGAACCUUAGCAAGUCGGUGUCGGUGGCGCCGCCGACGGCGUCGUCGUCGUUGAUCGACGAUCGUCCAUCGUCGAAGAUGAGCAGUGGAAGUGACGUGUUGAACAACAACAGUGUGAGCCAAAUCAAUAAUAAUAACAACCAUCUGUUGGUGGCCGGUGACGGUCGGAAGGAGCAGCGAGCCCUUUCGCCCCGUGGCAGUGCCGACUCGCCCAUGUCCUCUAGUGGCCGCGUUGGCAGUGCAAGUGUGAAGAGCAUGGAAAGUGGACUCGGCGGCGGCGGCGGGUUGGGUGGUGGUGAGUCUGUGAGCAACAAAUGUAACACUCCGGAUGGUAAUCGCCGAGGUACGCCGAGUGAUCGUGAAAAAAGUGGUUCCAGCGGCAGUGGAGGCCACAGCUCUUCCAACAGUCCGUCGUCGGGCAUGUUAUCGUUGCAUACGUCCAAGGAGCAGCAACUGGCCGGUCAGUUGCCACCUUCGGCGCACUACAAAACGAGCGCCUACGGCAUCAGUGUGGCCGGCUUGCCCAGUCCAUCGGGCAUCGAUCACACGAAUCCCGCGUUCCGACCACCGUUCGCCGGCGCCUUCAGCCAUCAUCACGCGGCCAUGCUUGCCGCAGCCGGGUACUCCGGAGCAGCAGCGGCGGCUGCUGCGGCAACGGCCGCCGGUGCCAACCCGUAUCUCAGCUACACGCGUGUUAAGACUCCGUCGGGUGGCGAGACGCUGGUUCCGAUCUGCAAGGACCCAUACUGCACCGGCUGUCAGUUCUCGGCCCACAACCACCAGAUGAUGAUGGGUAGCCAGUGUCCGGCCGGGUGCACACAGUGCGACCACCAAAAGUACAUGGCCAUGGCCCUUAGCUCCAUGCCUCCGUCGGGUUAUCCGGGUUAUCCGACACAUGCCGCUGCAGCCGCAGCUGCCGCGGCCGCCGUUGCGGCGGCCAACUCUGGAGGCGGCGGUGUAGGACAGCCGCCACCCACCGGGAGCGGUGGUUCCGGCGGUCGACCGUACAUGUGCAACUGGGUGGUAGGAGAUUCGUAUUGCGGUAAGCGGUUCAACACCACCGAUGAACUGCUGUCGCACCUGCGCUCCCACACUGCCAACCUGUCCGAUCCAGCCGCGUUGGCCCUACAGCAGCAGCUGAUGCCGCUGAGUGGCAUCUUUCCGCCGACCUCAAUGCAUCACCAUCGAGGAUACCCCAAUCCACCGCUCAGCCCACUGUCAGCCGCUCGGUAUCAUCCGUACGUGAAGCCAGGAUCGUUGCCAACCGGUCUGCCCGGAUCGCCGUACAGUGCGGCUGCCUUCAAUCCAGCCGCCGCUGCCUUCGGGCAGUACUAUUCACCCUACGCAGCCGCCCUCUACGGCCAGCGGAUGGGUGCCGCAGUGCACCAGUAGACCGCCCUCGGCGAGAGCGAGACAAGUAUUUAAGAGAACGACCCACGGGGACGACGACGGGCAAGCUACGCACGGGUUGUACGCGCGACAAAACCGAAAAUAUGACCAGCCUGUGACAAGACACACACAUAUAGAGGGGGGUGGCGGGGUGUCUAAGGUCGUGUGUGUGUUUGUUCUAUCAACUGUGAUAUUAAACUUAUUCUUCAAUCGUCAAAACACACGUAGGGAAGGAACGAACGAACAAAACUCAAAAUCACACACGCUAAGAGAAUCACAAGAAGGGGCGCGUUGUUAAAGGAUGUAAUGGAUUUGAAAUAGUUUACUCCGUAAAAAGGAUGAUGCGCAACAGAACAGCAGCAUAGAGGCAGCUAACGCAUCCAAAGGGUCCCAAUCACGGCUUGUCCCUAAGACUGGUGUUCCAUGCAUUUGAAUCGAGAAUGGAAAUCAAAUUGACAUUCAACGUACAUGACCGACCGAGAUUUGCAUGACAUGACCGCCGCUGUGCAUGACCGGAAUAGCUCGUUUUUAGGUCCAGAAGAAGCUUGCACCACACAGUGACAUGAGUGGUAGUUCAUGUUUUCCAAAUUAGUGUGGCUUUUCUACAAUCACUGCAGCCGGGGAGAGGAUAAGAAAAAGGGUGUUGAACAAAUUGAGAAAUCGUUACUGCCGAUGCCGAUGUAUACUGAUUCUUUUUUAUCAGGAUAGACAGUCAUAUCUAUCUGUUUGCACAACUGUUUAGUUGAAACUACAUUCAAAGUUAUGUCAAAUUACCGUCACGCCCUAAUUGUUCACCAACCAUUAGGCCCCUUCCGUCUUUGAACACACCACCCGUCAGUUGACAACUUCACCAAAAAUUCACCUCUCUUUUUGCCGGUCACAUCUGUCAGUCAAUCAGCACACUUCAACUAAAACUCACAACGUAGGAACACGCGCCUGUUUAAGUUACAAAUAAAAACCAUUCUUUAUGUUCUCAACACUAUCCUUUACUUGGUUUAAUAUUUGAGUAUUUGCGAUACCUAAACACGUUGUGCUUCUUAACAAUAUUCUUGCCCUGUUGCCUGUGGCUGGUUACGCAGGCAUUUUUGUUUGUUAAUUCAAUAGUUUCUUAUGUUGCGUUUUUAUGCCAACAUAAAAUACCAAUGCAU